CCUGAGUUCUGACUCGGAUAACAGUGUUUGUUUGGGACUCUAGCUUUUAGGUCUACUGGCUUUCCAAGUAAAGUUGCUAUUCUUUGCCUCAGCAACUAGUCCUUUGAUUUAUCAGCUUGUCAUGGGGAGUUUGGACUUUGCAGCAAAUUUUGUCGCAGCCAGCUGGGAGCGUUACCACUCAUGGUUUGCCGGCUCUGAUUGAAGAAUUUGGAGGCAAGGACCUAAAAGCUGCUGGGAUAUCUUGUCCUGAGGAUCUUUACUUCAAAAUUCCCCAAGGUGGCACAAGCUGCCCAGCACUUGGCAAUUGGAGCAAGGAAUCCACGUUUGAGGCUCCAUGCAGUAGGGCUAGCGUUUGCAUACUUCUGUGUUUUGUCUUGAAUUUCUGUCUUCUGGGGAAUGGGGAAAUGUUUCAACUAUCCCUAAAGAAAGUCCUCUGAGGUGCAUUUUGGAUAAGUGAUGUGACUACAGCUAUGAAUCCACGGGAGAGCAGAGGGUUGGAGGAUGACUCAAGAGGCCAGAUCAUCAGAGAUCCUGCCAUUGGGCCAUGCCCAGGUCACACCCAGCCAGUCGUCUCAGUAGUUGGAGCUCCAGGAUAGGAACAGAGGACUAGAGAGAAACUGCCCAGCAGCUCCAAGGCCUUGAGGACAUCUUUAUCUCUUUGUGCCCACGCCAGCCCAAACCUCUUACUCUGAGAAAUGAUUUUGGGGAAGAACAAAAAUAGCAUCUGGGCCGUUGUGACACCUCUACCAGUAUCUGGACAUACUUUUUAAAGAGACAAUGAUGAAGAGGAAAGACUCAGUAAAGUUUUGAGCCUUCUGAAAAGUAGAGGCUUGCAUUUGCUUAAGAGCUGAAUACUGUACAGACUGUGCUUUGUGAAACUGAGAGGCACGCACCCCCUUGGCACCCGCAGUGCCUCUGGAUUCCAGCGGCCGGGAGCUCCAUGCCAAGCAGCCUGAGCAUGCGAGUCACACUGGCUGUGACAGCCUGGAUGGUCUCUUUAGUCUCCAGCUCUUCCUCUCCAGCAAAUUCUCUACCAGAUAUCAAAAAUGAGGAUUUCAUCAAAGACUGUGUUCGAAUUCACAACAAGCUCCGAUCAGAAGUGAACCCAACGGCUAGUGAUAUGCUGUACAUGACUUGGGACCCAGAACUAGCCAAAAUUGCAAGGUCAUGGGCAAGCAGUUGCCAGUUUGCACAUAACAAACAGCUGAAGUCACCCUACAGGCUACACCCGAAUUUCACUUCACUGGGAGAAAACCUCUGGACUGGGUCUCUAUCCAUCUUUUCCGUGACUUCAGCCAUCACAGACUGGUACAACGAAGUUAAAUACUAUGACUUCAAGACUCAGAGGUGUGCCAGGGUUUGUGGCCAUUACACUCAGGUUGUGUGGGCAGAGAGUUAUAAGGUUGGCUGUGCAGUACAGUUUUGUCCCCGAGUGGCUGGCUUUGACACUCUUCGCAAUGGAGCACAUUUUAUAUGCAACUAUGGACCAGCAGGAAAUUUCCCAACCUGGCCAUAUAAGAAAGGAUCCACCUGUAGUGCCUGCCCCAGUGAUGACACCUGUUUGGAUAAUCUCUGCACCAACCCAAAACGAGACAAAGUCACACGUUACUAUUCUGUUGUGUUUCCAGACUGGCUGAUACUUCCACGUAAUAGAUACCUAUCUCUUUUUCUCAUUGUUAGUCCACCAAUCCUAUUACUGAGUGUUAUAAUUACCAUUUUGGUUAAAUACCCUCAUUUAGUUCUCAAAUAAUAAAAUCAAGGAAAAAAAAACCCUCAUGUACAGCUUUUUUUUAAUAAGUGGGUGUAUUUCUAUUUUAAAACUUUGAGAAAACAUAUAUUGUUUACACUGUUGCAGCAAACCCUUACUCAAAAGAAACUUCAAUUUAAUAACACUGUACGGUAAACUCAUCUUUAUUACUUCCCACACUGUAUGAUAAACUCGUCUUUGUUAUUUCCCACUCUGUAUAAAAAAGCAUUGUUUUUAGGCUGCCACUGCUGUGAUUUCAAACCCUGGUGUGCUUCAGCUUCUAAAUAUGUAAAGUCAAUCUUGAGAUAGGUAGGUGAGUAUAAGUAACUGCACUGGACCUUAUUAACAAAACAUUUCUAUAAUCUGUUGCAUGCUGCUUCAACUCUAAAUAUCUGGUUUUCCCUUCUCUCCUGCAAUUUUAUGACUUUCUGGUUUACAACUUCCUCAGAUUCAGAACGGAAUAGUAAUUAAGGAAUAAUAUCUAAGAAGCCUUGCUUUUUUGGAUUAUGAGAUUAUAGACAGGGGAGUUUCAACUGUGGUACAGUGAGUUAACCAUCUGACUACAGCAGUUUUAGGUUGCUGAAAUUCCUCUGCCCAGCAAGAUCCAGUGUUGCUGCAGCUUGGAUUCAAUCCCUGGCCCAGGAACUUCCCUAUGCUAUGGGUGUGGGCAAAAAGAAAAACAUUUUAGAAAGGAAUAAGCCUAAACGUUUACGUGUUAUCAUUAAAGCACUGAAAAAUUAUCUUCCACAAAACCAAAUUAUUUAUCAAAUCCAAUGUCUGGCAUCAGACACCUGGACUGGAUGGGUAAUUACAAUAGCCAUAUUCCCAAAAUACAACCUAUAUAGAAUUACUCCUAAAAUCAUUCUUAGGCAAAACCUGCCUGGAACAGACUAGCUGCAAUGCAUAUAAACACAUUUAUACCACUUUCUUGUAUAAAAUUUUUCAGAAAAAUUAUGGAGAAUGCAGUAAUUUAUAAAGAAUAGCUGUUUAUGUAAACACUUUAUAUCAAGAACAAAACAAACUCAGAAAAAUGUGAUCAGUGUAUUACCUUUCACAGAUAGGCAACUAAUGCCCUAGUAUCUCAAAAUCCUUUACAAAAGGAGGUAGCUUAAUACAUUCUAGUUCAGGAGUUUCGGCCUUUGGUCUUUGCUACUUUUUUUUCUUCUUUUUCUUUUCAUCUGCUUCCAUUUUAAGCUUAACUUCUUCAGCUGUAAGAGCUCCCAGUUUCUUACUCUUUGCUUUCUUAACCUUUUCCUUGAUGGUGGCCACAUCAAUUUUAGUUUCAGUAGAAGCUAAAUAAGUUAAAAAUACAUGUAACAAGAUUUAAUAUCAGAGUACUGCUGUAAUUGAAAGGUCAUGUUAUAAAACUACAAAACAUCUGCUGAAAGUUAGAAAUUUCAAAAUGGCAUAAUUUAUAUGAACAAUUACUCAAUGCAACUAUAUUAAAAUUACAUUUUCCUCUUAAA